AUGGCCAAGCUGGCCACUCACUACCCUCGGGUCUACGAUCGGCUCUUGGAGGAUGCAUCGAGGGCUGCCGACUUUGAGGUCCGCGUGCAGCAAGCUGGCUUCCAGAUGGCCACGGUCAAGGACGCAGCGACUCAGCGACCAGCUGAGAUCGUUGCCCUCCGCUCCAAGGCGGCACUGGACGACCUGAUGGCCAAGUGCGCGCUGGACCUGCAGCAGGCAUAUCUGGCCUCACAGCCGAAAGCAAAGCUGUGCAACCCCGACAUCAAAAUCACGACGGCACGCAAAACAACACAAGAGAACAAGACAAUUUCAUCGGCUCCUAUCAUGCCGAGGAGUACAAGCGCGAAGAAUCACGCACAUAGAAACAAAAAUCGUACAAAAAGACCAAGUAUAACCAGAGAUCCGACGGACAAGUGCCCGCUCUGCAGCAACAAGACACCUCAGCCGCGACUGACCCGCGAGCACCUGCUGACCUGCCGUCCCAUCAAGCGUCACAACGCCCUUCGCGACGAGAUGGGCCGCCUGCUCAGGUACGCCACCCUCUCCCAUGUCUGGGUGGAAAAGUCUGGCUACAACGCCAACGGUCAGAGCUGCCGCAUCGACCUGCACUGCCGCAACCCCUUUCCCGGCGGUGCUCUGGGCCCAGCUCUGCCCGACCUGGGCAUUGACGUGACUGUGCGCACAGCCCAACCCCCGACCAUCUCGCAAGCCUGCAUCAAGGUGGGCGCUGCCCUUCGCCGAGCCGAAAAGGAGAAGCGCGACUACUACACCGGUUUCAACCAUGGAAAAACUCUGAUCGUCCCUGCGGCGAUGACGACAACCGGUGGGUUCGCCUCCUCCUUUGUGGAUCUGCUUGGUCAGCUCGCCCGCUGCGCCGAGGCCCGUGGUGUGUACCAGCCGGGGCUGGACGAGGCCUUUGUUCCUCGGUGGAAAAGUCGCUUUGCGGCGCUGGUCCAUCAGAUGAACGCUGACCACAUCCAGCGCCACUUUGGCGGUGUCUGCCUGCGCUCGUCGUAG